AUGGCUCAUUACGACUCGGUGGAUGAGAAGGACUCUGUGGAUAUUCAUGACAACCCACCGCUCCCUGAUAACGUGGUGAAAGAGGAGGACAACACGCUCUACUUCAUCUACGAGGAGGAGGUGGAAGAGGAAGAGAAAGACGAACCUCCUCCACCCGAACCAGUCAAACCAGUGAACGACAGACCUCACAAGUUCAAAGACCACUACUGCAAGAAACCCAAGUUUUGUGACGUCUGUGCGAGAAUGAUCGUUUUGAACAAUAAGUUUGCAUUGCGAUGUAAAAACUGCAAAACCAGCAUCCACCACCAGUGUCAGUCCUACGUAGAGCUCCAGAGGUGUUUUGGCAAAAUUCCUCCAGGAUUCAGGAGAGCGUACAGUUCUCCUCUGUACAGCAGCCAGCAGAACGCCACAGUGUCCCAGCUGCUGCCCUUCUCACAGUCGAACCGCACCGACCCCGUGUUUGAGGCGCUGCGGAUCGGAGUGAUCAUGGCCAACAAGGAGCGGAAGAAAGACUCCGAGGACAAGAAGAACAUGAUGAUGAUGAUGAUGGAGGAAGAUGAGCCCCAGCCCAAGCAGGAGGAGGAGGGAGGUGAAGGAGCAAACACGGAAGGAGACAAAAGAGGCGAAAAAGCUCCUGCAGAUGAAAAGAGUAAAAAACCUCACCUGGGGAAGAUAGGUGUGUUCAGUCAGUCUCACUAUUAUCUGGCUCUGUAUCGCUUCAAGGCCGUAGAGAAAGACGACCUGGAUGUGCAUGCUGGCGACCGCAUCACUGUGAUAGACGACUCCAACGAGGAGUGGUGGAGGGGGAAGAUCGGAGUGAGAACUGGCUUCAUUCCGGCCAACUACAUCAUCCGGGUGCGAGCAGGAGAGACGGUCUACGAGGUGACACGCUCCUUCGUCGGCAACAGAGAGAUGGGUCAGAUCACACUGAAGAAAGACCAGAUUGUGGUGAAGAAGGGCGAGGAGGUGAAUGGCUACCUGAAGGUCAGCACGGGACGAAAGCUCGGCUUCUUCCCCGCUAACCUGCUGCAGGAGAUCUGA